AUGCUCGCCUUUACCAACAACCGUUCCAGGCCGGCCACGAAAACCGUCAUUGACCUGACCGACAAACGCCACGUUGAUAUCGACUUGACUACGCUCGACGACUCUCCUCCGGCUAGCCCGCGUCCGAAUGGUAUCGAUGACGAGCCGCCUCGAAAGCGGCAGCGCGUUUCUGAUGGUCCCUUCCUUUCGAGAAAGUCGCGCGACCUUGCAGCCUGUUUGAGGGCACAGGUCAAGCCUUAUAUCGAUGCUUCUUUGGCGGAUAUUCCUGCGGACAAGGUCAACAUCUGCGAGCUUGGCAUAAGAGUUAUGAACGACAUAGGCUUGACGUCCCAAUUCUCGCUCGGGUUCACUCAUCAUGGCGGCUUUCUUCCACAAGCUCUAGAGAAGGAAUUGGCGGACAGGGCGCGCGAUCUUGUUGAACAUUAUCGCUGGCAUCACGAGUACCAGAUCGCUGCUACGCCGGCGCUUUCACCAACACCGACCUUCCAGCGAGCACCCUCGAACUUGGCCGCAUUCCCCGUGGCCCCAGCUGUCUCGCCUUCCAGACUCCCAUUAGAAGGCCCUGUGCGCGUACCUUUGACUGCAUCGAGCCCCUCGAUGCGCCCCGUGACCACACCUCGAGUCAAGUCUCGGCCACAUGUUCCGGACUUCCCGAUCGUUCCCGUCUCAUCGACAAACUACCGGACAAAAGCGCGAGCGAAUUCAUUUAAGUCAUGGAGAACGCAUUCAUCCCGAUCAGCACCGGCCACAGCGAGGCGCAAGGCCAAAGUUGCGUGGAUGAACAUGCCACUGCGGCCAUACAUCACUACCGAAGAGCGAGAGACUAUCCGUCGUGGCACAUCCAAGCUUGUUCGCACGAGAGCGGCGGCGACACUCGGCCGUCUCCCUUUCCACGUCGACUUCACGCCCGACGAGAUGGAGGCUGUGCGGCAGAAGAUACGGACGCUGUGCGACAAGAAGGCCAAGAGCAAGCGGAGUAGCGACACUGCCAGAGAAUUAGGAAAGCUGCUUCGUAAGCAACCGGGUUUGCUUACCAUCAUACCGCCGGAGCUUGAGCUGCAAGGCGCUCUAUCACGAAGAGACAAAGUUGCGAUUAGAAAUCUUUUGGACGAGUUGGUCGACAGGCAUAAGAGGCCGGCUAGGCAGCCAAAGGUGUUGACACUGGAGGUAGACGCUUCUGAUAAGCAGGGCGAGGCACAGCGUACGAGUCAAAUACCUUCGCUUCUCUUCGCUCGCGAGAUCGACGGCAACCGAGGCUUUGGAAGAAUGCGACGCCACGUCAACCUCUCGAACGAGUUUAGGAAUGCUCAUGAGGAUGAUCUGGAGAUGCGGGCAGAGUGGGUGGGCUGCGCUGGUGACAUCAUGACCAUCGUCUGGACCUCGGACACCAAUUUUAUCUGCGGUGCCACGGCUCACUCUGAUUCGCAUAACCAGCAAUACAACAAGGCAGGCAACCUGCUGUUGUGCUCUGCAACCAGGGGCCAAUUGAAGGCAUAUCCCGAUCACAGGAUUCCACGGCCGAUCGUUGAGAAGGGAGAGAACUCGACCGAGGCGAUGAGGGAAAGCCAGAGUCCUUGGCUAUACUCUUCGGUGGUGUCUUCCGACUACGACCAAACCAACGAUCGCGCGUACACAUCGAGUUUCGACAAGACAGUCAAGGCCUGGAGAGUCGACAAGACGGGGGGCAACAUGACAAUUCUGGGCACAUGGUACCACCAGGGCAACGUCAACUUUGUCGCCGUUUCCAAGCACGAGUUUGGCAUGGUGGCUACCGCUGCGGACGUAGCCACUCAGGCCGUGCGUGUUUACGAUGUGAACAGCAACGACGUCUCCUCGAGCCCAUACCGGGCCUAUUCCGGCGCCAGAGCCUGGAAUGAGGGCGACGAACAGACGACAGCAACCCAGAAAUGGGCCUAUUUCCCGGCAACAAUGCGAUGGGGUUUGGCAAAGGAAGUGCAGCACAUGCUUCUUGUUGGCUAUUCUCCACGAAGCUUAACCGGAGAUGAUAACGACAUACCGGACGACAAACAAAACACAGGAGAAAUCUGCCUCUGGAACUGCCUGACUGGCGAGAAAAUCAAGGUCUUGACAGCAUCCACACAGAAUGUUUUUGAGGUUGUUUGGCACCCCACACUACCCAGUUUCCUUGUGGCAACUUCGCCGGCUGGGUUGAUGGUGGACGAUAGCACGAUGACGCAGAUUCGGAUCUUCCGACCUAGUCUGACUCCCGAAGGCGACACGGCAUUUGGCGAGAUCCAAUGCUUGGAUUGUCCAGCCAGGGACAUCAAUGAGCUUACCAUUAAGCCCAACAGCGUCAUCUACUCCUAUGUGACGGCGGCCUGCACCGAUGGUAAAGUCUACGUGUGGGAUACCGCUCGUGGCGACAAGCCGAUCCAUGCUCUCAGGCAUAAGACGCCUAUUGACGAGUUUUCUGGCGACCGAGAGGAGGCAGACGUUGGUGUAAAGUUCACCGCGUGGGGAACUACACCGGACCGCUUCUACACGGGUGGAUCAGACGGUGUGGUCAAGGUCUGGAAUGUACGGAAUCCACGACGGCCCCUGAUUCGGGAUCUCUUGGAGGCUCCUGGUGCUAUAUCAUGCGGUGCUUUCUCUCCCUGUUUCUCGAGACUGGCUGUCGGCGACGCUAGCGGAAAGGUUAUGCUCCUGUCGCUUAACGAGGAGGACGAGCCACCUGCCAAGUACAUCAUGCCGCCCAUGCCACCCGGUGUGGGACCGCGAAGCACCCGCCCAGUCCGUCGCCCGAUGCCGAUUGUAGAACAUGAAGAGCCUCCAGCUCCCAAUUCGAUCAGCGAGCCUCGUACGGGGGUUGAGAGAGGAAGAAUGCUACUGGCAAGCGGCCAGCUGGUCCGACACCGAAACCCCACAGUUGGCGUGGUUCAGGGGCCGGCAUAUCAAACCCUCGCUCUGCACCGCUCCGAGCUUCACUUCGAAGGCGACCCAUCCCAGCCUCUCCUAGCCAAAGCCGAAGGGGAGCAGCAAGAGAACCAAAAGAUGUUUCGCCGGAAAUCGCUGAAGGUUACCCGCUAUCGACCCCUGCAGGACAAGCUCUCGGCUACCCUCGAGGCUCGGCACAAUGAAAAUGUAGCGAAGGACUUAGACCUCCAGAAGCUGGACGAGAUGACGAAGCUAGACUUGCUCUUGGAUCAGGUAUGCAUCGAUGAUCCCAUCUACGACCAAGGGUGGGACUUUGAGUACGAGGAGGGGGUUGAUUACAAGAAGAGCGCUUGGGCAGCGCUGUGGGAAUGA